GUUCCAUCGCCGUGACCAGGCACAGGGAGAGUCUGCGGCGGCCUACCUCGCUGCCCUUCGUACCACAGCGCAGCAUUGCCAGUUCACCGCCCUCGACACUGCGCUCCGGGAUCGUUUUGUGUUCGGGUUGCGGAGCGACAAAGUGAAGCAACGACUCUUGGCUAAAAAAGAAGUGACCCUCGCCAGUGCUGUCGAGGAAGCAAUCGCUGCCGAGGUCAUCGACCGGGAAGCCUGCCGCGACUCCCGCCCAAGCGUAAGCGCACCACGCAUCGAGCCCGUGCACCAGGGGACAAGCGCGGGUAUCGACAACGAGCAAGACGCCGCCGAGGACGUCUUGCGCCUAAGGAUAGACCAGCGGAGGGACCCGGAAGGAAUGGGAGGCGCCUUCUGUGCUGGCUGCGGAGGCUCCCACGAACGGCGGCUGUGCCGUUUCCGGGAUGCCCAGUGCAGGGGCUGCGGAAAAACGGGUCAUAUACUUCGAGUCUGCCGGUCCCGAAGGCCACGGGACUACCGCCAGAAUUCUGAGACGGACUGCAAGACGCCUCGCGUCAGGGCCACGACUCGCACAAACAUUGCCUACUGCGACGAUCAAACCGUGACUGCUAUCCACGAUGUGCCCGCGCCGGCCCUGAGGAAGAUACAUGUGGAGGUCAUGCUCGAGGGCAAGCCAUGCCAAAUGGAGGUGGAUUCUGGGUCAACUUUUUCGCUCAUUUCUGAGGCCACAGCCAGGCGGAUCUUCCCAAAUGGCUGCUUGCCAGCCCUGAAACCACUGGAUAUCACGAUGAAGGACUAUCAGGCCAACCGCAUCGCAGUGCAUGGCUAUGGCAUGUUCAGGGUGAAAUUCAAGGACUUUGAUGGCCUAUUGCGUCUCGUCAUCGUCAAGGGUGAGCGUCAGAGCCUCCUGGGGCUGGACUGGUUCCCAGCCCUGGGCAUCAACAUCAUAGGAGUGCAGCACAUCACCCAGCCAUCUCAUGCGAUCAGUAACAUCCUUAAGGAAUUUGGGUCCGUGUUUGAUGGAGCGUUGGGAUGCUACAAAGGACCACCUGUGCAGUUUUCACUCAAUCCUGAGGUCAUGCCCGUGCGGUUGAAGGCAAGAAGAGUACCCUUUGCUCUUCGGCCAAAAAUCGAUGCCGAGCUAGACAAGCUCAUACAACAAGGGGUGCUGGAGCCUGUGGAUCAAGCUAAAUGGGAAACACCUAUUGUCACGCCCUUGAAGGCAAAUGGGGAUGUGCGUAUCUGUGCAGACUACAAGUGCACGAUUAAUAGGGCAUUGCAACAACAUGCAUACCCAGUGCCAGUCGUGAGCCAUCUCCUGGCAGCCCUUGGAGGUGCCACAAUCUUUGCAAAGCUUGAUUUGGCACAGGCAUAUCAGCAGCUGCCAGUGACCGAAGAAGCAGCAGAGGCCCAGACCAUCGUAACUCAUCGGGGAGCUUUCCGCGUCCGCAGGCUUCAGUUUGGGGUCUGUGUCGCACCCGGCAUCUUCCAAAGUCUCAUGGAAAACCUCCUGAGGGGACUAUCGGGUGUCAUCGCUUAUUUUGAUGACGUGAUUAUUGCUGGAGCCUCACAGGAAGAACUGCUCGUUCGCCUGCGUGACGUUCUACGGCGGUUUCAAGCCGUAGGGCUCAAGGUCAAGAAAGAAAAAUGCCAACUCGGUGUGACACAAGUAGACUUUUUAGGGUUUCGAGUUGACGCUGAGGGAAUACAUCCGACACCGGGAAAGACCGAGGCCAUCAUGAAUGCCCCAUGCCCUGCAAACAAGACUGAACUACAGGCAUCCCUGGGACUCCUCAACUUCUACCAUGCUUUCCUACCCCACAAGGCAACCAUUGCAGAACCACUGCACCGUCUAUUGAACAAGAAUGCUAAGUGGGCCUGGGGCCGAACACAACAGAGAGCCUUUGGCAUCUUGGCAUCCAACCAAGUCUUAACACACUUUGAUGAAAAGAAACCCUUGAUCCUGGCUUGUGAUGCCUCCCCAUACGGAAUAGGAGCUGUGCUGAGUCACCACAUGCCUGAUGGGAAAGAAGCACCUAUCGCAUUCUAUUCCAGGACACUGUCUACCACCGAGCGCAAUUAUGCUCAGAUUGAUAAGGAGGCGCUUGCAGUGGUCGCAGGUGUAAAAAAGUUUCAUGACUACGUAUGGGGCCGCCAAUUUCAGAUCCACACGGACCACAAGCCACUUCUGGGGCUGUUCACCCCAGACCGUCAGACACCGCAGAUGUUGUCACCACGGAUGCUGCGCUGGUCGAUAUUUCUAAAUGGGUACCAGUACUCUCUCCUCCAUCGGCCGGGGAAGCGGCUGGGCCACGCAGACAGCCUCAGCAGAAUUCCCCUAAUGCAACAGCACCAGGACGACCCGGCCCCAGCAGAGAUCAUUAUGCUCCUGGACAUGCUCCCAGAACCUCCACUCCAAGCCGCUGACAUCGCCACACAGUCUGCAAGGGACCGUACCAUGUCUCGUGUACUCAACUGGGUGUGGAAGGGGUGGCCACCAAGGCACAGCAUCACUUCUGAGUUUACACCAUUCGUGUCAAGGCAACAUGAGCUGUCUGCCCACAAAGGUUGUUUACUGUGGGGUGACCCUGUGGUGAUACCGCUGAAGCUACGGUCCCGGAUUCUCGAAGCCUUGCACGCCGGACAUCCAGGAAUUGUUCGGAUGAAGGCACUUGCCCGCAGCUAUGUAUGGUGGCCAGGAAUGGAUGCGGCUAUCGAGGAAUGGGUGCGACGAUGUUCUCCCUGCCAGGAAACACGGCCAGAGAUGCCCCGAGCACCAGUCCAUCCAUGGGAGACGACCCGGGCGCCGUGGUGUCGCCUGCACAUUGAUUUCGCUGGGCCGUUCCAAGGAAAGACAUUCCUGAUCAUAGUGGACUCCUAUUCAAAGUGGCUGGAGGUCAUCGCAGUGUCAUCCAUGACAUCGCUCACCGUGAUCAAUGCCUUACGGAGGCUGUUCGCAACACAUGGUCUUCCAGACACAGUAGUGUCGGACAAUGGGCCUCAAUUUACGUCCGCCGAGUUCCGGGAGUUUCUUGAGGCCAACCUGAUCCGCCAUGUGACAUCUGCACCUUUUCAUCCAUCUACAAAUGGCCAGGCUAAAAGGAUGGUGCGAACCACCAAGGAGGCUCUGUCGCGCAUUGUGCAGGGAGAUUGGUCACGGCGACUGGCAGAUUUCUUGCUACAGCAGCAUGUAACUCCACACUCAAGCACGGGGCGAUCACCGGCCGAACUGUUAAUGGGCCGCCGGGUAUCGACCAUGCUGGACCGGCUGCAUCCCGACAGGGCUCCGGCCAAGUCAUCCCAGCAAACAGGACUGCUGCCAUUGCCACGCUCAUUCCUGCCUGAGGACCCUGUAUUUGCACGCAACUAUGGCCGUGGCCCCCCAUGGGUCCCCGCUGUGAUUGGCCGAGCGACCGGGCCAAUCUCCUACGAAGUGACCCUCUCAGAUGGCAGUGUGUUGCGGCGGCACGUUGACCAGCUCCGGCGCCGGGCAAUGGCGCCUUGCACAAGCGAGGGACCGGCACCAACAGAACAACAGCCAGAGGUCUACCCCACACAAGGGCCAUCACCAAGGGAAGUUUAUCCUCGACAAGGGAUACCUCCAGGGCAAGUGAGCAAUGAACCAGCCGAGAGUUCGUUGGAAGAGCAGCCAACGGCUGAACCCUCUGCAGGCGACAGAACCAUGUCCCAACCUGUGCCAACGACCGCACCACGGCCAGUGUUGCCGGAAGGACUAGAGGGGGAUCCUGAACCAGCGACCCUGCGCCGUUCGCAGCGAGCUCGGAAAACCCCAUCCCGCCUGCGAGACUUUGUGCUGGCACUGGCCGAGUGUUGA